AUGGCCAACUGUCCUCUAUAUGAGGCAAUUUCGUAUACAUGGGGCGACGACAAAGCCACCGAAACAAUCUUAGUCAAUGGUGGUCACUUCGCCCUUCGACCUAAUUUGUUCUCAGCUCUUAAAUCCCUCCGAAACUUGGAUAGUUCACGUCUUAUCUGGAUUGACGCCAUCUGCAUUAAUCAACAAGACGAAUCAGAGAGAAACCACCAGGUCUGGCAGAUGAACAACAUUUACUCCCACGCUGCAGUAGUUAACGUCUGGCUCGGGGGCGCGACGGCCAGCUCCGAUGCUGGUAUUGGUUUUCUUGAGAGGUUCCAUUCGCUGUUGUACCAGAACUCAAAAGGCCAGCUACCAAUUGUUGGGUCUACCAUAGAGCUCCUCGGGUCAGAGGGAACCAGAAGCAAAACUGAGCGGGCUACCUCCGUCUAUCCUCAAUCUAUCGAAUCAUACCAUGAGUUUUACGGAUCUAUUCUAUCCCUAUUGGAUAGCCCGGAUGUAGUCACUGACCUAAAUCACUCCGUUGCGUUACUUUCAAGGCUAUGGUGGCGGAGAAUAUGGACCCUGCAGGAGAGUGUUCUAUGCCCAAACGUUCUCUGCUGGUGUGGCUCGAAAACAUUCCCCAUUGAGCAUUUAUACCAUCUCUCCUACUUCAUUUACUUCUCAAUCAACUUCAACAUCUGGAAAGGUGCACCGAUCCAGCCUGAGGUUUCACUGCGGGCGGUUUGGCGGGCUGCGGAUCUACGCGAGCACAUGGCCACCCGUAAACGUAUUCGACUCGCUUUGGCUCUUGACUCUACUUGGAACAGGGCUUCAUCAGAUCAGAAAUAUAAGGUCAUUGGGCUGCUCGGUCUCGUUGGCCGCCGGCACGAUCUCCAACCAGAAUAUUCUUGGCCGGUUGAAAAAGUCUACCGAGUGGCAAUGCGUGCUACGCUGAUAGAGGAGGGGAGCCUGGAUUGCCUGGGACUAAUAUCCGAAACACGAGAGUUGAGAAAUAAGAACCUGAACUCCUGGGUUCCCGACUUCUCUGUUCACGAUAUUCCGUUAUCGGAUGAAAUCACUUCUCUUUCCAAGCCAGUCUUCUUGCAGAACAUCUCUAAUGCUUCUCUACACAAAUCAGGCGUAAAGCCUCUCAUUAGAACAGAAGACGACGAUACUGUCUUGGUCGUCAAGGGAUAUCAUGUCGACAAUGUCAAGAGAGUCGGUUUGAAAGCACCAGGCCCUCAUCUUCCAGGUCAUACGAGUGAAAGCUUGCUACAGUGGGAAAACUCGAUGCGAGCAGUGCUGGAGGAAUGGAGGACCAUCUUACCUCCCUCCGCCACCUAUCUCACCGGAGAGCCAUCUAAUCUGGCUUUCUGGAGAACAGUGCUCGUGGAUCUAAAACAGGGCGAGCAUCCAAAGCGGACGAGUGCCAUCGGGGCCAAACGACUAGAUGAAGAUGACAUUCGAGAGUUGCCGCGAUUAGAUACUGCGGAAGGUAUGGAGCGACUACUGAAUACCUGGAGUUCCUGUCUUCAGCCUGAGUACCAAACGCUUCGACUGAUUGAGCAGUUCAGUCGUCGAUUUAUACUUACUGAUACCGGUUACAUUGGACUUGGGCCACCUGAUACCCAAGUCGGUGAUUCAAUAUGUGUUCUUCUCGGUGGUUCAGUACCAUAUACACUGAGACGGAAUGCUGAUAAUACUUGGUGCUACAUUGGAGAACGCUACAUACACGGCAUCAUGGAUGGAGAGGUCGUUACCGAAGCACUUGAAUCUAAGGCAGAGCCUGUCGAGUUCAAGAUCACCUGA